AGAAGGUUCCGCGCGGGUAAAGGGGCUGCCUGGAGCGCGAUCCCAGCGUUCUGCUGUUGCACGCCGCCUCGCCUGCCCGGCUCACGACCUGCCCCUCCCCCGCCCGCCGCCGUCUCCCGGGAAACGGGCCGCGAUAGCCCGCUGACCCGAAGCUGGUUUCAUGGCAGCCGCGAAGAAAGCAGUUUUGGGGCCAUUGGUGGGGGCAGUGGACCAGGGCACCAGCUCCACGCGCUUUUUGGUCUUCAAUUCAAAAACAGCUGAACUACUUAGUCAUCAUCAAGUGGAAAUAAAACAAGAGUUUCCAAGAGAAGGAUGGGUGGAACAAGACCCAAAGGAAAUUCUGCAGUCUGUCUAUGAGUGUAUAGAGAAAACAUGUGAGAAGCUUGGACAGCUCAAUAUUGACAUUUCCAACAUAAAAGCUAUUGGUGUCAGUAACCAGAGGGAAACCACUGUAGUCUGGGACAAGCUAACUGGAGAGCCUCUCUACAACGCUGUGGCCGCUCCAGUUUCUCCUGGCCCUUCCGAUCCGGUUGCCGUUGUCCCCUCUGGCUCUUCAGUUCCAGCUGCUGGCGCUUCCUCAGUGUGGCUUGAUCUAAGAACCCAGUCUACCGUUGAGAAUCUUAGUAAAAGAAUUCCAGGAAAUAAUAACUUUGUCAAGUCCAAGACAGGCCUUCCACUUAGCACUUACUUCAGUGCCGUGAAACUUCGUUGGCUCCUUGACAAUGUGAGAAAAGUUCAAAAGGCUGUUGAAGAGGAUAGAGCUCUUUUUGGGACCAUUGAUUCGUGGCUUAUCUGGAGUUUGACGGGAGGGGCCAACGGAGGUGUCCAUUGCACGGAUGUAACCAAUGCAAGUAGGACGAUGCUUUUCAACAUUCAUUCUCUGGAGUGGGAUAAAGAGCUCUGCGAAUUUUUUGAAAUUCCAAUGAAAGUUCUUCCAAAUGUUCGGAGUUCUUCUGAGAUCUAUGGCUUAAUGAAAGCUGGGGCCUUGGAAGGUGUGCCAAUAUCGGGGUGUUUGGGGGACCAGUCUGCUGCAUUGGUGGGACAAAUGUGCUUCCAGGAUGGACAAGCCAAAAAUACGUAUGGAACAGGCUGCUUCUUACUGUGUAAUACAGGCCGUAAGUGUGUGUUUUCUGAACACGGCCUUCUGACCACAGUGGCUUACAAGCUCGGCAGAGACAAGCCGGUGUAUUAUGCGUUGGAAGGUUCUGUAGCCAUAGCUGGUGCUGUUAUUCGCUGGCUAAGGGAUAAUCUUGGAAUUAUAAAGAGCUCAGAGGAAAUCGAAAAACUUGCUAAAGAAGUAGGUACUUCUUACGGCUGCUAUUUCGUCCCUGCGUUUUCAGGGCUGUAUGCGCCUUACUGGGAGCCCAGUGCCAGAGGGAUCAUCUGUGGACUCACUCAGUUCACCAAUAAAUGCCAUAUUGCUUUUGCUGCAUUAGAAGCUGUUUGUUUCCAAACCCGGGAGAUUUUGGAUGCCAUGAACCGCGACUGUGGAAUACCACUCAGCCACCUGCAGGUAGACGGAGGGAUGACCAACAACAAAAUCCUUAUGCAGCUACAAGCAGACAUUCUGUACAUCCCAGUAGUGAAGCCCUCGAUGCCCGAAACAACCGCCCUGGGAGCUGCCAUGGCAGCGGGGGCUGCGGAAGGAGUUGGUGUUUGGAGCCUCGAGCCCGAGGAUUUGUCAGCGGUUACGAUGGAGCGGUUUGAACCCCAGAUCAAUGCUGAGGAAAGUGAAAUUCGGUACUCUACGUGGAAGAAAGCUGUGAUGAAGUCAGUGGGUUGGGUCACAACUCAGUCUUCAGAAAGUGGUGACCCUAGUAUCUUCUGUAGUCUACCCUUGGGCUUUUUUAUAGUGAGUAGCAUGGUAAUGUUAAUCGGAGCAAGGUACAUCUCAGGUAUCCCAUAAAUAAUACCAACUCAUGGAUUCCAAAGAUGCGAGCUCUUUGCCUAAUGAGAGAAUCCAACAAUUGUCUCUUAAUGUGAUGACACUAUUCAUAGACUCUGAUUUUAUUUAUAAGCCACUUGCUGCAUGACCCUCCAAGUAGACCUGUGGCUUGAAAUAAAGAAAAUGCAGCAGAAAGAAUGCUAUAGAAACAUUUGGUGUGUUUUUUAACUUCAAGAGUUAAGAUUGGACCAGCCACCUUUGGGGUGGAUUGGGGAUGGCCAUCACGUCCUGCCCCAUUCCCUCUGAGAUCUGGGAAGAAUUCAGACCCUUCAUUGGAAUCUUUCAUCAAACAUAUUCAGACGCUGAUGGUCUGGGAGUUGAUUCUCUGCACUACACACACUUGAUUCAGAGGUGAUAACUAACCAGCUACAAAUGAGUGGCUUUUUGUUUGUUUCUGUUUGACAGACCCUCAAAGGCCUCUUUUCUGCACAUUAAGGAGACCACAGCAUCUUCACUGAAUGUUUAACUGGAAACCUCUGCUAAAUUCUUGAAAUGGAAACUUAGUGCUCUCAUAGCUUAGAUAUUUUUCGGAAAGGUAUUGGCCAAAACUGAAACUCUUCAGACAUUUUACGUGGUCUUGCUAAUUCACUGAAUUGCUGUCUGGAUCUUACAGGGAAGGACCCUUUUUUCUUUCUUUUUUCAUCUCUCCUUUUUAUAUUUCUUACUUUAUAUGUAUAACAUACAUGCCUGUCUAUUUUAUAUACUGAGAGUAGCCCAUUUAUAAA